AUGGCGCCUGGAGUCUCUCUGGACAACCAAUUUUUCUGGACUCAACCACGCAGAAAACAUAGGACUCUUGUCGGCUCUGCGAGAUCUAAACCUAUUGUUUCACCAUAUGUCCACGAGCUAUCUAUGGAUGGGCCGACUUGCAUAUCCAGUUGUGAAUCACCAGACGGCACUGACAAUAACACUGCUAAUGCUAAUGGCAAUAUGGGAACCUGGCAAUUAGACAAUGCGGUCAGACUUCCAACUGUGCCUCGUCAACAAGACUUCUCGGUAGAUGACGUGGCAAGGUCCCGAGCAUCAAGCUGUGAAUGCGAGAUGGGAAUUGACGGAUUUCAGCAACAAGCACCGGCGAUAGUAUCCGACCCCGAGAAGACUGAUGACGUGGAAAAUCUGGCUCCUCAACUAGCCAGUCCUUCAAGUCCGUCUUCAACAUCCUUUGGAUCUCAAUCUACACCUAUUACGACACCGGACGAGAAUAUGCUUUCGGACUACAGAAACAGCGAGCUAUAUCCCAUUGACCCUGCUCUCACUGGUCUUGUCCUUGACUGUGGCUCAACAUGCUAUCCUCUUAUUGAUCUUGGUAGCGCACCAGAUGCAUCAGACACUGUCGCACCAGAAAAUUCUCUGUUGCCCCGGGAUGGACUGGGUUUGGCACUGAAUUGCUAUGCUUCCGACAGCCCCAGCUGUUCGGCGGCUUCGAACCCGUCUUGGCGGGCGGUUGGGAGUAAAAGCGACCCAGGCGAAAUUCGGGGAUGCCUCAUGCGUGCUGCAAAUCCCGAUCAAAGGUUGCGUAAGCGGGCUUCACUGGCCGACAUAGAGGUUCCACAUGGUACCAGCGAUGGUCGUAGAGCCAAGGCCGACGAGCAUCGCCCUACUCUAGGUUGUGGACCAAGCUUCACAGGUGGUAAUCACCAGCUGGGGGACAAUUCCGUUGAGCCGCCGCCGCCGAAACGCCGCAAGGUUGAUCGAUCGUCGAAAGAUGGUAAUGAGCGCGAUGAAGAAAGUAGAAGCCGCCCCUGUUCAGUAGACAGUACGAUACGAGUUGAGCCCCAUACAUCAACGCCAGCGCUAAACAGCUCCGAGUCACCAGUUGCUGACACUGCGACUACUGAUUCUCAAGAUAACGUCGGCAUGGCGGAGUUUGGAGAGUGGCCACUACAUAAUGUUCUUCUAAAACGUAUCACAUUAAAUGGUGUGGCCACGUUCCAGUUGCAGUUUGACUGGAAUUUAUGCGCAACACACAGUCAACUUGGCCGGGCGAUCCCGAAGAGGCGCAACAAGCUCGAUGGCUCAGAUCGUCCUAAACGGACAACUGAUGACUCCGCAACAAGAGCCAAAUUUACUCUGGAUGAAGAUAAUCUGAUCGCUGCGUUGAAGGAAGAGCAGCAGCUACCGUGGACAGAAAUUCACCGAAUUCACCAAGGACACAGUCGCCAAUUCCCUACACGUUCAAAGGAGUCCCUGCAGGUUCGGUACUGCACAAAACUGAAGACUCGUCGGGGACCGAUAGUCCAGAGAGUCCGUCAUCAUCAAGUCCAACCUAGGGCGCAGACAUUUAGCUAUGAAGACCAGAUCAAUUGA